AUGUGCAUUAUCAGCAAAGGGAGUGGGGCAGUGGCUGACGAUCUGGCGGUGGCAGUGGUGAACGGUGGGGCUGCGGUGGUGUCUGUGGGAUGGGUUUCGUGGGACGUGGGUGGCUGCGGGAUGGUUUCAGUUAACCAUAGCAAUCUGCAAGAUCGUCCCAAGCUUCAUGGCGGUUUCUCGCAAUCGGUGGUGUGGCCGGAUUUGGUUGUGCGCGCCGAUCAGGUUGGGCGCUGGGUUUUGGGAAUGAGUUCGGGCGGGGAGAGGAUGAACGAUGGAAGUAGUGGGAACGUGUUUGGUGGCUGA